AUGCGAGCAGAGUUGAAGAAAAGGCAAGAGCGAAGAAGUGGCAGCCGGCCGCUACCAAGUUAUCAACAUACACCGCAUGGCCACCGGUCCGCGCAGCGGGUAUCUUACACGCAUCUGACUUUAGAGCGACACGUUCAGGCGCCCGAUGGGCAGAUCCUGCAGGAAGGCAUCAGCGAAGCUGGAGCGCUUUGCACCUGGAUCGCUGCGGGCACUUCCUAUGCCUCCCAGCAGUGUCCCAUGAUGCCCUUCUUCAUCUACUACUCGAUGUUCGGCUUCCAGCGUGUGGGCGACAUCAUUUGGCAGGCGGCGGAUGCUCGCGCCCGGGGCUUCUUGCUGGGCGCCACGGCCGGGCGCACCACGCUGAACGGCGAGGGGCUGCAGCACCAGGACGGCCACUCCCUGCUCAUCGGCAUCACCAACCCCGCGGUGAUUGGCUGGGACCCGUCCUUCGCCUACGAGGUGUCUUACAUCAUAGAGCAUGGCAUUGAGGAGAUGUGGGGCAAAGACAAGGACUUGAUCUACUACAUCUCGCUCUACAACGAGUACCCUGGUUGCAUCUGA